UUUGAAGAGAUCAUUCAGCAUCAUCUCCCAUGCUCACGACUGCCAUCCGAUACAGUCUGAUCCGACGGGAAUCCGGGUGAUGUCCCAUAUACCACAAUGAGUGCAUACCUCCGACCCAUACAGUCUUUAUCCCGGGCACCGUCUGCCCUUCUAUUGCGCCCUGGAUUUCCCCGCACGGUCGAGUUGGUGCGAUGCUACGCAACUCAGAGUGAUCUCGGUCGAGGAUCCGGGCCAGGUUCGACCCCAAGGCGGAGGAACAUAACCGUGCUUUCCGAUGAUGGGCGAUACGAGUGGGGCGAACUGACGGGCCGGGAGAAAGUUGCGCGCGCUACGCAGCAGUCGUUGAAUUUCGUGGUGAUAAUAGCUGGUGCAGUUUUGACGGGUGGCGUGUUCUAUUUACUUUACACAGAGGUUUUCUCCCCGAAUAGCCGGACUUGGCAGUACGAAAAGGCAGUUGAACGCAUCUUGAGCGAUAGUCGGUGUACGGACCUUCUGGGAGACCGAAGGGAAAUUAAGUCAUAUGGAGAAAGUACUUGGAAUAAAUGGGCGCGGAAUCGUCCGAUUGCAACCACUAUCGAAAAAGACCGUUUGGGUCGGGAACAUUUGCGGAUGAACUUCCAUGUUGAAGGACCACGUAACCAAGGAGUUGUACACGUCCAUAUGAUUAAGCCACUUGACAAAAACGAGUGGGAGUACCAGCUUCUUGCAUUGGAUGUAAAGGGCCACUCUCGUAUUAUCCUUGAGCAAGCUCGCGAGAAGCCUGGAGUUGGGCAAGCGUUGAAGAUAUUUGGCAUUCAGUGGCGAUAGAGCCCGCCCUUAUCAGAUUAUGACCCUUUACUCCGCUAGGUAGCCUUGACAUAGUCUCUACUAUCAGCUUCCUUUCUCCCCACUAGUUGGCCGAGAUUGGAAAGCCCAUGUCCUAUCGAUGUACAAUAAUCGGCAUGGGUACAAUAAUCGGCAUGGCUAGCCGCCAUCUUGUCAUUUUCUGAUGGCUUUCAGGUUUGACAGGAUAGCUUCAAGCUUAUGUAAAACGGAA